AAGAGAUAAUUAGAAGAGCAUAAUUUCUCAGAGCCAUAGCUUUCGUUCUAUUUUUGUUAAAUAAAGAGAAAGUAGAGAAUAUGUCGUCUUCGGUAGUACAGUUUGCUUCACAGGAAAGCAAUAGUAAUAGUAGUAGUAACCAUCAACAUGAAGAUGGAAAUGAACGGCUUGAUUCUGAUCACCAUAACCAUCCUACGGCUCACAAUGUUUCCCUUCCUUCUGAAACUUUUCUCCAAGCUGCCAUCUCUCUUAAAGACCAGGUAGUAGAAAUGACAUGGAAAGGAAAUGGAAGGAGUGCCGGUGGCGUUACAGAUCCGACGGUGUAUACAGGUUUGUUAGGAACGGCGUUUACCUGCCUGAGGUCGUACGAGGCUACCGGUGAUCAGAAAGACUUGGAAUUGUGCUCUGAGAUAGUUGACGCUUGUGCAGAACUUGCACGUACUGUCACGAGGCAUGUGACUUUUCUGUGUGGAAGAGGAGGGGUAUAUGCUCUUGGAGCUGUUGCUGCUAACUAUAGUGGGGACCAACACAAGAGAGAGUUGUAUUUGAACCAUUUCUUUGAGGUGGCACAAGAGAGAGCCCUUCCUGUUGGACCUGAAGAUGGAGGUUUUGGAAUGUCAUAUGACCUCCUUUACGGACGAGCUGGCUUCUUGUGGGCAGCAUUGUUUAUCAGGAAGUACUUAGGGGCGGAGACAGUGCCAGAUGAGUACCUUAUGCCUGUUGUUGAAGCUAUAUUAGCAGGAGGGAGAGCAGGGGCAACUGAUAACCCAGCCUGCCCGCUGAUGUAUAGAUGGCAUGGGACAAGAUACUGGGGCGCAGCUCACGGGCUUGCUGGUAUUCUGCAUGUAUUACUUCAUUUUCCGCUCUCUCAAGGAGAUAUCGAAGAUGUUAAGGAGACCUUAAGGUACAUGAUGAGCAACAGGUUUCCCCACAGUGGUAAUUAUCCUGUCAGUGAAGGGAAUCCAAGAGACAAGCUGGUCCAAUGGUCCCAUGGUGCUACUGGCAUCACCAUUACUAUGUGCAAAGCAUCUGAGGUACUGUCAAAUGAUAGGGAGUUUCGUGAUGCUGCCAUAGAAGGUGGAGAGGUAGUGUGGAAAAACGGCUUGGUGAAGAAAGUAGGACUUGCUGAUGGUGCAUCUGGAAAUGCUUACGCCUUCCUCUCACUCUUCCGUCUAACUGGGGAAAGCAUAUAUGAAGAAAGAGCAAGAGCUUUUGCAAGUUGCUUAUAUCACAAUGCGAGGACGAUCAUGAAUGAAAGGCAUCAUAAUGAAGCAGAUCAUUCCUACUCUCUUUUCCAAGGAUUAGGCGGCGGCGCUUGCUUCUUGUUCGACUUGCUUACGCCUGAAAAUUCCAGGUUCCCAGGCUAUGAACUCUAAUCUUUGGCUUGUUUGAGUUUCAAGAGAUGGGUUUACAGGGGAAAAAAAACAUGUACUCUGGUAGGUUAAUAGUGCAAGUUUACAUGGUCAAUUAGGAGGUGGGAAAUGGAGUUUCUUGCUUGCUUCCUGGUGUGAGCAAAUACUAGUAAGCUAUGUGAAAGUAUGUUGUAUAUAUUUGACUUUCAUUUAACACUUUUUAAGAACUCUAAUAUGGAGAUGCAAUGGCCACCAUGCUUCAUUGUC